AUGGAUUUCGAGACCGAUCAGAGAAGACAGAUCAACCGAAACAAUCGCACACACCGCGACAAGUUGUCUGACAAGCUGUUGACGGGCCUCAGAACCGCGCCGCUUGCCGACGCUCAAGCCCUUCUCGAUGCCAUCCGGCAGGAUACCUCCUCGGAAGAGCUUGAAGCUCUCGCGCACGACCUAUCGCAGCGUUGGGACAGUGGCGAGGCCAUGUCGGCCAUCUUCGACGGCAGUCCAACUGACCGGCAGCAAAACGAUGCGUAUAAUUCAGAUGGCUUCCUUGUGUCUCCCAGCGAUUCCGAAGUGUUGCUCAGCCUCGAUGUCAGACGGGACUUCUAUAUAGCCGAGGGCGCAAGACAGUUCGCCGUAGGUGGAGAGGGCAUGGAUGUCGGAAAGGUCAUGUCCACGCGCUCCACGGCUACUGAUCGCCUUUCACAGGUCAUGCUCAGCUUUCGUGAAGCCGCAAGCGAACAAAUUGUUGGUGGGGCUGUUGUUGCUGACAUACUCAGCUUGUCCGGUUUGGACCUCGAUCUCUUCUUCCGCGAACGCGUCGAUAGUGAUCCGCAUACCAUCUCGACUUGGGCGUGCGAGUUUGCCAAAUCGUGGACAUCCAUGUCACCAAUCUCGCAGGUUGCUCUGGUCUACCUUGCCGGUUCCUUCAUGAGGUGGUUCAUACUUCCCUGUCAGACCACGUACGGUGACAUGUCAUCCUUGCUGCUCCCUAUAAAGGGCAACGCUAGGAUCCACAACCCCGCAGAGGUCGAUUAUUGCAGAGCUCACGCCGCGCGCAGGAUCAACAGCUUGACCAUGCACUCUCAAAAGCUGCAGUGGCCAUACACCUACCUAGCGUGCUUAGAAAAACCCGACGAGUCCGCAUCUCCGUUCACUUCGCCCACAAGACGGCUGUCGAAGAUGUUCAUGCAAUAUUGCGACGAUUUGCGAAACUGGACGCAAUGA